AUGAACCCAAUGACAGCCCCCAUCCCACCCACCCCGGCCAGCUGGACAAUGGCGAAUGGGGAGACCUACAUCUACAGACCCUGGCAGCCAGACGAACUAAAAGACAUAGCCCGGCACCUGCCCGACCCAGUGCAGGACGGGCCACAUUGUGGAGUUAAAUUUGAACUGUUUUGUCGUCAAUACAGACCCUCGGCGUACGAAUGGCGCAGGCUCCUGGCCCACAGAAUGAAACCCUCAGACAUCGCCAAGAUAGAGUUGGUGUUGGCAACAUACCAGGCCAGCGCCACCAGGACCUCCUGGUGCUGCAGAGGCCCGGAAUGUGCUGUGAGCAUGAGCAGCAGUGGCUACAAUAGUCCCCAGGCACAGCUAUAA